AUGGGUUUCCCUGGAGCAAAGGCUUUUAAACAAGGCAAGAGGGUCGAAGUUUGCAGCAGAGAAGACGGGUUUCAGGGCUCCUACUAUGGAGCAACCAUACUGCAAAACAUGGGGGACAACAAGUACAAGGUGAAGUACAACCGCCUGGUAUGCGAGGAAGACCACUCCAUACCUCUGGAAGAGGUGGUCGAUGGGGAUGAGAUACGGCCUCUGCCUCCUCUGCCUCCGUCCAAGAAAACGAAAGCCGGGUUCGCUGACGGGGACAGGGUUGAUGCGUUUGACAACGACGGCUGGUGGUCUGGAAUCAUUACUGGGAAGGUCGGGUGCUACUUUGGCGUCUACUUUGAGACUGGGCAUCAUAUUGGUUACCCUGAGAGAAUGCUCAGGCAUCACAUGGAUUGGCGCAAUGGAGAAUGGUUCUUCUACCACUAG